UUGCUCGGCAGCCUCGGCAGCCAGUUUCCCACUCGCACUUCAUCACUUCACAUUCCGCACCGUUGUCAAGCGGAUUGUCGAGCGGAAUCGUGGCGUCGCCAACGCCGCAAUAAUCAAGAAGGCGUGCAGACAGUACCUAGGAACUCGGUUGUUCGAUGUCGUGCAUGGUGCAGCGGCAGUCACACAGUGGCAGUGAACUGCCUGACGGAUGCAAGCGAUGCGUAACUCGUGGCGCGGACAUGACCCCCGCGCCAUGGCGGUGGACAGGGGCGAACAGGCUCGAAUCGCAGAUCUCUGGUCAUCUGCUCAUCCGGCAUGUGGGGAAUGGCGUGGAACCAGGCCGGGAUGCGCGUCUCGGUGUCGCGUCAAGCGAGCAGGCGAAGCGACGACGCGUUCGGCAGCAGGCAGUGGCUGAGGGUUCUGUAGGGCGUGGCAUCCGAUCUCGGAUGUUUGAUCAUACCGAAGACCGGCAGUACUGUUGUUCUGCGAAUGCGGGAUGGCUGGGUGCACAGUUCCUCGGCCAAGUCGUCGAUGGCUGGAAGCGUGACGGGUCAUGGGUGUCGAACGUCAUGUCACGAGUCGCCACAGUCAGAUGGCAGGCGUUCAUGACGAGUGCGCUCCCCGGCACUUCAAUCUCAUGAUGCAUCGUUUCCCCUUGAGGGUUGUAUCGAGCUCCGCCAACAUGAGGUCGAUCGUAGCGUUUUUGGCGCGCGGAGGUGUUAGGUGAACGGAGUCUCCAUCAUGCUGACGACACUGUAGUACUGUGAAG